AUGGCGAAGCGAAUUCAUCUUUUGUGCCCUCGCGCACAGUUCUUCGUAUUGAGGCUGGAAGACCACUAUUCCGAUGAGGCUGGCUGUCAAAUCACUGCUAGGGGCGCAGCUCAGGCCAUCUUGGUGGCCAUGAAAAAGAGUGUUCACAUUAUUUCCAUGUCCUGGACGAUCGACCCGCCAGAGGAUGAAAACGAAAGACGGUGUCUCGAGGCCGCUAUCGUGAAGGCGGUCGAUGAGAAUAACCUCGUAUUUUUCUCGGCUGGUAAUAAGGGUGCUAAGCAGAAUGCAACCUACUCGGCUAAAGUAACGAGCAGGAUCUUUACCAUAGGUGCAGCCACUGCCUCUGGUGCUGCAGAUGAGCGGGUCAAUCUUGACAACAUCAACUUUACCUUCCCUCUCAGCAUGGUCAAGCUGGACGAUGCUUCCAUGUUUAAUCGCAAGGACUUGCUGGGCAAGAAAGUAGCCAACUUUCUAAAAGAAAAAUUCCAAAAACAGCUACCGGUUUUAUAA